AAUGAGGUCAUUGGCCGGGUCCCCCUGGCCACCAAAGCUGAAAUGGAUGCAGCUGUUGCUUCCUGCAAACGUGCGUUUCCCGCAUGGGCAGACACUUCAAUAUUAAGCCGUCAGCAGAUCCUACUCCGCUAUCAACAACUUAUUAAAGACAACUUGAAAGAAAUUGCCAGGUUAAUCACAUUGGAACAAGGGAAGACCCUCGCUGAUGCUGAAGGGGAUGUAUUUCGAGGCCUGCAGGUGGUUGAGCAUGCCUGUAGCGUGACAUCCCUCAUGCUGGGAGAGACCAUGCCAUCCAUCACUAAAGACAUGGACCUCUAUUCCUACCGUCUGCCUUUGGGGGUGUGUGCAGGCAUUGCUCCUUUUAAUUUUCCUGCCAUGAUCCCCCUCUGGAUGUUUCCUAUGGCCAUGGUGUGUGGAAACACUUUUCUAAUGAAACCAUCAGAGCGAGUUCCUGGAGCAACUAUGCUUCUUGCCAAGUUGCUCCAGGAUUCUGGUGCUCCCAAUGGAACACUGAACAUCAUCCACGGACAAAAUGAAGCUGUAAAUUUUAUUUGCGAUCAUCCGGAUAUCAAAGCCAUCAGCUUCGUGGGAUCCAACCAAGCGGGAGAGUACAUCUUCGAGAGAGGGUCAAAACAUGGCAAGAGAGUUCAAGCCAACAUGGGAGCCAAAAACCAUGGGGUAGUCAUGCCAGAUGCCAAUAAGGAGAAUACCCUGAACCAGCUGGUGGGGGCAGCUUUCGGAGCUGCUGGUCAGCGAUGCAUGGCUCUUUCAACAGCAAUUCUUGUGGGUGAAGCUAAGAAGUGGCUGCCAGAGCUGGUGGAACGUGCCAAAAACCUGAGAGUCAAUGCAGGAGACCAGCCUGGGGCUGAUCUUGGCCCUCUGAUCACCCCUCAGGCCAAAGAGAGAGUCUGUAAUCUGAUUGAUAGUGGAACAAAGGAAGGAGCAUCCAUCCUUCUUGAUGGUCGAAAAAUUAAAGUCAAAGGAUAUGAAAAUGGCAACUUUGUUGGACCAACUAUCAUCUCAAAUGUCAAGCCAAGUAUGACCUGUUACAAAGAGGAGAUUUUUGGUCCAGUUCUGGUGGUUCUGGAGACAGAAACUUUGGAUGAUGCCAUCAAGAUUGUAAAUGACAACCCAUAUGGAAAUGGAACUGCCAUCUUCACCACCAAUGGCGCCACUGCUCGGAAAUAUUCACACCUGGUGGAUGUCGGGCAGGUUUGUGAACAGAAUUUUUAAGAGAUUCUUGUACCC